UCCAUUCAAAACCAAUUUCCAUAUGCAAUUUACACAAUAAUCUAUUUCAUUCCUAAAUUCUUUGAUUUCUCUCACACAAAUACACAAGCGGCAACUCAACCCCUGCGACUAAACCCUAGCAAUUCAUCUUUCUUGAUUCAAGGAUGUCUUCACUUAAAGAAUCACUUGAUGCGACCGACAACCCAAGUGAGCAUGUUGAUUUAAAUGAUGAGGAAAGUUUUGAAGAAGAAAAUAUGAUUGACGAAGAUGAUGUUGAUGCUGGUUCAAAACGAAAAAGUAAAUCUGAAGUUUGGCUUCAUUUUGAAACAGUUGAAAUGAUGGAAGGAGAGAAGAAGGUCAUGAAAGAUCGAUGCAUACAUUGUAAGAAGCUAUACAAACCACAAGCUUCAAAGGCCACAACACAGCUAAAGCGACACUUGAAUAAGUGUUCAUACUUGAAAAGGUCAAAAGGUAAAAAAGGUUUUAUAAAUUUUGAAAAAGCUGGUAAUGAAGCAACUGAAUAUGGGUUGAGUGGGGGAUUUGAACAAACAAAAUGUAGGGAAAUAAUUGCCAAAAUGAUUGUAGCCCAUGAGCUACCUUUUUCCUUUGUAGAGUACCAUUGGUUUAAUGCCCUGUUGAAAUACUUGAACCCUCUUUUUCAAAAAGUGAGUAGAGCCACAAUUAGAAAAGAUUGCAUUAAAGUGGUUGAAUCAGAAAGAGAGAAGAUGAAGAAAGUUUUUAAAAAGACUGAUAUGAUCUCACUUACUAGUGAUUGUUGGACCUCAAAUCAAACUAUUGGGUAUAUGUGUUUGACAGCUCAUUAUAUUGACUCUGAUUGGAAAAUGAAAAAGUGCAUAAUUGGAUUUAAUGAGCUAGCACCGCCCCAUAGUGGUGAGGUCAUUUCGGAUGCUAUUCUAGAGUGCCUCAUUAAAUGGGGUAUACAAGAUAAAAUAGGUACAAUAACAUUAGACAAUGCAUCAAAUAAUGAUAGGGCGGCCGCAAUUUUAAGGAAUACCUUUCAAGGAAAGGGAACAUUGCACUUUGAGGGUUUAUUUUUUCAUGUGAGAUGUUGUGCUCAUAUACUAAACCUGGUUGUACAAGAUGGACUUGGAACAAUUGAUGGUUGUCUUGUCAAAAUAAGAGAAGGUGUGAAAUAUUUGAAGAAGUCAGCGGGUCGCCUCUUGAAGUUUGGUGAAAUUUCGAUCACCCUUGGUAUCGAAACCCGCCGAUCAUUGUGUAUUGAUGUAAAAACCCGAUGGAACUCAACACAUCGUAUGCUUAAAUCAGCGAUUCACUACAAACAUGCUUUUGAAGGUUACGCGUUGAGGGAUUCGAAUUAUGAGUGGUCUCUUACGGAUGAGGAGUGGGAUCGGGCUAAAAAGGUAUGCAAGCUACUUGAGGUGUUUUCGGAUGCUACAGAUUUGUUUUCGGGUACAUUAUAUCCGACCGCAAAUUUGUUUCUUGUUGAGAUUUUUAAAGUAAAAAGAGAGAUAACUAAUGCUGUUAAAUCAAAUGAUAAUUUCUUGAAAAAUAUGGGAAGGCCAAUGUUUGACAAGUUUGAGAAGUAUUGGGGAGAAAUCGGGGUACUUAUGUCAAUUGCUUCUCUUUUAGACCCGCGUUUUAAGAAGGAAUCUAUUUCUUGGACAUUUAAGAAGUUGUAUCCAGAAAAUGAGGUUGAUGGUCGGGUUGAAGAUGUGAUUAAUAAGUUAAAACCACUUUUUGAAAAAUACUCUAAUGCAUAUCAAGUGGCUAGGGCUGCCGAUAGCAAUCUAAAUGGUACAUCAUCUGAGGGCCCAAGUAUUCGUGAUGGAGACGAUGAUUUUUACGCUUAUCUUGAAACUAAACCCGUUGAAAGUACACAAAAAUCAGAACUUGAUGUGUAUUUAGAAGAGCCAAAUUUUGUAGUUCCAAGAACUAUAAAGUUUGAUGUGUUACAAUGGUGGUGUCAAAAUUCUAGCAAGUACCCCGUGCUAAGCAAAAUGGCUCGUGACAUUUUUUGCAUUCCAAUCACAACGGUUGCCUCGGAAUCAGCAUUUAGUGCUGGGGGACGUGUAUUGGAUGACUAUAGAAGCUCUCUUUCUAAAGAUAUGGUCGAGCUUCUUGUUUGUGGAGGAGAUUGGAUAAAGUCGGCAUCAAAAUCAUUUAUUAAAACACUAGAACAAUCGGCAAAGGAAGAAGAAAAUUUAGAAAUUCCAAUCCCGACGAGUGAUGGGGCAUCUAGUUAACAUAAAAGAUUAAUUCGUUCUCAUGGCUAUGGGCAAGUGUUGGUGAAGGAAUAUAAGAUGGUGAUGGGCAAAUUUUUUAGUGAUGGCAUUGGUGCUAGUGACGUUGUUUUGAAGAACUUAGUUCUACUUGUUAUUUACUUUUUCUAACUUGGUUAAGAACUUAUGUAAUUAACUUGGGUUUUUUUUUUCCGAAUGGAUAUCUUGAAUUUGGUUUUAUUUUAAUGCAUUGAGCUGGAUG